UACCAAUAUUACGAAAUGACGCUGGAACAUUGUCGACUAAAACUUUUAUUACCUUUUAUAAAACACAUAUUUUUUUGUCUACAGAAUUUCGACAUACUCGAGGGCGAUCUCCCUGACUCUAUGACAGACCUAACGCUGACAGGCGCAGAUACUAUCAUGUUUGGACCCAAUUCGAUGAGCAGACUGGCAGACGCGCGCCACGUCCGCAUCUCGGGACCCAAACAGCUGGUGCUUCGGAAAAACACCGCCGUCAAUACCAAAGUGGUCAACCUCUAUCUGGACAUCCGCGGCGUCGAUGUGGUCCGCAUGGAGCCGAGUACCUUCCAUAAAGUACAAGGUCCGCUAUCGGUAACGAUAAAGAAUUGUGACUUCGUGUUCCUCGAGGGCGAGGUGUUCUCGUGGCUCCUUUCCAUAAGCGUGAUCAAUGUCAGAAAGCUGGUGCUAGGCAAAGGGUCGUUUGCACUGGAUCCUACUGCUGCCAAUGUUGGUCAACAUGGGCCUGGCAUGUCGGUUGAACUGGUGAACACAACUAUUCCCGAGUUACCAGCUCAAAGUUUUGGAUCUUCAGCAGCCCGAGUUUACUUGGAAUCUGUAGACGUUCAUGGAAUACGCUCAGGAGCCUUCACUGCGAAUACAUAUAACAUCGUUAUGGCUGUAAAUUGCGCUUUUCACCUAAUAGAGGAAGAGGCAUUCGCGCCGAAGUCAUUAAUACACAAUUUAAAUUUCAUCGGCUGCAAGAUACAACAACUGAGUUCUAAAGCGAUACAAUCAGCUGUCGUUAGUCUAAACUUCUCGAACAACAGUUUUGACAAUAUUGACUCAGGAGCGAUAAACACAACCGUCGUAGCAGUUGAAAUCAUUAACUGCACUUUUCACAAAUUUAUGGAAAAAGGAUUCGAGUUUUUAUCUUGGAAUAAACUACGAUUAGAACGGAAUUCGUUCGACGAGCUCGUUCCAAACGCUAUUCUCACCCCCGACGUGUUACACGUACAUGAAUUUAUAUUUAAUGAAAAUGAAAUCGAAACGAUGCACCCCAACAGUCUUGGAUUUAUAGGACAAGUCGCUGCAAAUGCUGCAAAAAAGAUCACCUAUAAUAAUAAUUACUAUGGACAAAAUUGUCACUGCAAUAUUACUGAGUGGUUGGGUCGCGCUCUUGGUGCAGCCUCUGGUGAACUCUACACGACAGAAAGUUACUGCACGGUUGAUGAAUUCUUUGCACGUUGUUUUAACGAACCUGAACAAAAUAUGAAAAUUUCUAAAUUCAUUAAUGGAGUUUGUAAUCCUAACGAAGUACAAUGCGAAGCUUUACAAAAAGUGGAACAGACACGGGAAAUAAAAAAUCCAAGAUUCCCCCACAAAAACAAAGAAGAACCUAUAUUGCGUGAAAGAGAUAAGAAAGUUAUUGGCAUUGUCAUUGUAACGAUCCUUGGAUGCGUCAUAAUUGCCAUGUUAAUCACUUUUAUAAAAUGUUUACGACGCGAAGGCUACUGCUUGAAUAUAAAAAACAUACUACUGUCCUCUAAUUCGUCAUGUGGUUCCUUCUGCGAUAGACUCUGUACAUGUGGCAGAGGAAACGGUUUAGACAACGCACGAUCAAUAUCUCAACUUUCGGUUAAUGAGUACUCGGAAAGACAUCGCCUUAAUGAGCCUCGGGUCCAGGAAAUUGUACAAGAAACCUCUUUACAGGAAGUUCCCAUUCAAUUAUUUGAUAAAACUACUCAAACGUUACCCGAGGAAUUGACUAAAGAACUACUAGAAAACCUUAAACAAAGAUUGGAGGUUCCCGAUAAUUACAUGGAAGCACGAGAAAUGAUCGAACACCUUUAUGAAAUUGCAAAAAUGGAAGAACUUGGUAUAUGUCCUGCAAAUACACCAAAUAUGAACGUCGAAGAGAACAUUUAUGAACUUCCAUACCAGAACACAAUGCCACGUGUUGGACGAAAUAAUAAGAAAAUGGUUAGUGUUGGAACAAGAGCACCGUCCUUAGAUAAACUGAUGCCAUUAUCCCCUUAUAACCGACAAACGGCCUUAGCCCAUGAGUACUUUGAGCCAUUAGAUAUGGCAAUCCAUUUAUAUGCCGAAAUAACACACAUUGAUAAAGAAAAGAAAAACCUGCUGGGCGCCAUUCCCGAUGUAAUAGCUGAGCAAGCAGUACCACGCGGGCCGUACCUACGCGCUGUGCGCGAAAAAAUGAACUCGAGCAAUGAAUCUAGCCCCUCACACAGGGCAAAUAGUAGCACAGUAGGCAGCCCCUUGUCGACGUCGACAUUAAAAUCUUACAACUCGACAUCAACAAAUUCGUCGGGAAAGAUGAUGAACCGACCUCUUCCAGAGAAACCCACCAACGCCGAUGCUGGAGAAGGGACAUCGUUACGGCACGGUUGAGGGUGGGACUCGCGGCGGCCGGUGCCGUCGUAUGGGACAUUGGAUCGCAUGAGAUCGAGGAACCAAUCGCGACGCCGCCGACCGACGCCUGGCAUGGAUUUCUACCUAGAGCUGGACCCCUGCGUGACCGGGUGAGAUAGGCACACAACGCGCGCCAGAGACAUGCGCCGCGUGUGCCUGACAAUGCUUAAAAGUUUCUUUGCUGUGAUAUUAAUUUCGUUUAUUAUUUUUUACAAUUAUUAUUGUGAAAGCACGAGUGAAUGUGUCGAUGCGGACACUGUUGUAUGUUCUUUUGUACAUUGUUUUGUAAUUAAUUUUAAUUUAGUGCAACUAUAAAAAUAAUGUUAUGUUCUAUAGAUAUAAGUGUUUUGGUCCCUCAUUACGACGAAUGGCUGCUAGUGAUCAUGGACAUUUAUGGAAAAACUAUAUUUUAGUCAAACUAACGCAAUAUCCGUAUAUAUAACUUAUUAAUGUAUAUGUAGUCGCAUUGUUAAUCACUAUCACGAUUUAAAAGACAUUUAUUAAAAUUACACUAAACAGUACGCGUGUACCACUUUAAGCAUAAAUACAAAUAUUCAUCAAAUGUUACAAAAUGUUGAGCCACAAAAAAAAAUGAUGUUAAAUGUUAGAAUAGUAGUUGUUGUCAUUCAAGUGUAAUUGUGACUCACAUAAUAAAUUAAUUUUAAAAUAUUAUCGUUAAACGAGUUUAUUGUAUUGUGCGAUAAACAUUUCCAUAGUUAUAAAAGGUUAUACUCUCGAAUAUAGAUUUCUAUCGUUAUGUGAUUUUUUCAGAUAUUGACGUUACUGUAAAAUCUAUAUCCAACUUAGUUGCUUAUAAUUAAAUGUAUAUAAAACAGUCAGUAGAAAAUAUAUUAUCGGAUUAUUUUAGAGGUAAUAUAAUAUUAUCUAUCCCUCAACAUACGGGCAUUAAGUAACUGACUGAUCACGGUAUGCCAUGUGGUGCAUUACAAUAGGAAACAAAGCGGAAAACCGUUGUUAUGCUUAUUUUGUUGUUAAUAGAGAUUUGUUAUACCUACUAUUAAGAUACUUCAUUGAAUUGUAAUGGACGAUGUUGCAUUUUCAUGUUAUUCGCUUUCCUAAAACUAUUUAUUAUUAUGAUUUAAUUAUUUAGAUCAUUCAUUGUAUAACACAGCGUCUUUUUAACCAUUUCCUAUUUGCGGCAGCCACAUAAUGCCAGAGAGUGAGGCGACGUGCACCACUGCUAUUUUAAAGCUAGUCAGUUGCAUUUUGCCCGCCACGCCAACAAUGAAUUAUGGCAAAUGUGUAAAGUUAAACCAUUGAUGUUAAAUGUCAAAUAAAUGUUGAAUGUGAA